UGUUUCAUCACCCAAAACAACACCACACUCAUCAACACCCCAAACUCCACCCCAUCAGCAAUGGAGGCCUUUCUGGAAGAGUUCGGCUCCGAGCUUCUGGAGCGACCGGAAGUCCAAGUCCUUGCGGAGCUCCUCCAGAAACCCGAUGCCUCUCCUACCGCGGCCGUCCAACGACUGCUUCAGACCCGCGAGACCCCACCGCAGGAGAACGAGCCCUUGGACAGCAGCGGCAACAACACAAGCAACGCAGGCAACCAUGCGUGGUUCACGAUGUUCCCGCUCGUCGAACUCGCGAGUCUCACCCCAGCUGCGCAGCAGGCGAAGCUCAUCGAGUUCGUCGCCCAGCUCCAAAAGACCCCCGUCAUCGACCCGGUCACGGGGCGACCGCUGACAGCGGCCGAGGAUCUGAAACUCUGGACCGAUCUCCCCUACCUCCGCAUUUACUUGGCCGAUAGAUCUGGUUUCCGUUAUGUUAAGAAGGAAUACCCCGAGGCAGAGGAGUAUCCCCCGGCCGAGGUCCGGGAGUGGGAGAACCGGACCGCGUUCAUGGCGCAGCUGACGGCCGCGGCGGAUGCGCUCGGCCAUCCCAUGGAUUUCUCGCUGUAUGGGCUGUACGCGUGCCGGAGCGCAUUUGAGGAAGAAGAUGAACCGGUCGAGGAGGCGGUGCGCGCCGCCUGUAUCUGGUUCUUCUAUGCCGGAGCACGGAUGUGGGAGAAUUGUCAGGCGCGGCGGAGAUUCGGGGAUAGUCCGGAGGAUCCUCGCUACUUCGAUCUGCCCCGAUGGCGGCGCUGGGAGGAGGGACUGCAGGCGGCACGGCGCGAGUUUCGUCGGCGGAGUACGCAGGAGCUGAUCCAGACGGCAUUGACGGAGUUGGGAAGGGCUCAGCAGCGGGAUACGCUGAGGAGGCUUCCAUGAACCAGGUGUCACUCUCGUGGCUUUGGUGCGUAUAGUCUGAUUAGUAGUUCUACUCUUGAAUUUGAGGGGAUUUACAUUAGGUGAAACCGGACCCGUGGCAAGGCC